AUGGCAUCGCCAGACGACGACGAGACUGCCGCUCAAGCCGCUGAAGCUGGAGCUGAAGCUGAAGCAGCAGCAACAGAAGCAGCCGCUUCUGCCAUUUUUGCUGUGCCGCGGGCUGGUCUCUCCGUAUCGCCGUUUGUCCCUCCGCCAUCACUCUCCGCUGUCGGUGCUGCCUCCCCCUCUAUGGCCUGGCGGACGCUACCGGCUGUGCCCCCGCCAGUAGAGGGUGCAGUACCUGGCGCUUUGGGCCAGCUGUUGGUGUUCUUCCUGCACACCAUCCCCAGCGUCCUGUUCUGGGUGAUUGGCUUCGCGACAAUCACUAUCCCGACCUGGCUCUUCACGCUGUUCUCGAUGAGCUUGACAUUCACCAUGAAUUUCACAACCAUUUUGUUGAUCUUUGGGCUCGCCCUAUCCACCGGCAUCUGGUUCAUUCGCUACCGGUACUUGAACAUGUACAGCCGUCUUCCUCCCGAGCCGCAGCGUAAAGAACCGCAGAUCGAUCUGUUUCCCGACACACAAGAAGGUGAUUCGAAGCCCGGGCUAGCCAAUUACCUAGACGAAUUCCUCAGCGCCAUCAAAGUAUUCGGAUAUCUCGAACGGCCUGUCUUCCACGAACUCACGCGGACAAUGCAAACAAGGAAGUUGAUGGCCGGAGAGACAUUGCUGUUGGAGGAGGAAAAGGGAUUUUGUUUGGUUGUGGAUGGGCUGGUGCAAAUCUUUGUCAAGUCCAUUCGUGGAAACGACAUUGGCCAACAGAAUGGGCUGGUGGUGGAAGAUACGGACGACGAAGAGACAACCCGUGUAGAUGGGAAUCAGGGAUACCAGCUAUUGACAGAAGUUAAGAAUGGGGCAUCCAUGUCCUCUCUCUUCUCAAUUCUCACGCUCUUCACGGAAGACGUUCAUCUGCGCCAAGGUAGCGAUGAUAACAACAGAAAUCUUUCUGACAAGUCUCUUCUCCCCACGUCUAUGCCGGGAAGUCCUACAGGCUUUGCACCAGACCAUCCACUGGGCCCUGUGGAGAAUACAGACGGGCUGGGGGUUUCGGCUUUGCCCAGCGUCCCACCGUUGGAUCUGGAAGAAAAUGUUGAGGACAACAGCAACAACAUCGGUACAAGCACGGCAGAUCAAUCACCACCACAACAGGGCCGUCGCAAGAUCCGCAGGGCAAAAUCGGUACAUCCUGACAUUGUUGCACGUGCAAUGGUUGAUACCACCAUUGCCAUUAUCCCAGCCAGUGCCUUUCGACGCCUCACAAGGAUGUACCCUCGAGCUACAGCACACAUUGUUCAGGUCAUUCUGACUCGCUUACAGAGGGUCACGUUCUCCACUGCGCAUUCGUACCUGGGUCUUGAUACAGAGGUCCUCAGCAUCGACAAACAGUUGAACAAAUUCACAGCAUAUGACUUGCCUAACGACCUUCGAGGCAGUGCGCUCGAUAGACUGAAAGACAAAUUUAGACAGGAGAGAGAAAGACUCGGCCCAAACGACGAUUCGAAAGGGAUUGCCUUGCACAAUCCUCAAGCGCACCGCAGACGCCGGUCAAGCAGUUCAUUGAGAAAAGAUGCUGCUCUUCAAGCCAAAAUAUCUACCUCGCGAAGACAACUCUCCGUGUCAAGGGAUAAUUCCUCGUCACAUCAACCCUUAUCUAAUACAGGUGCUAUUCCUGGUGAUCUUUUGUCUACUAUCAAUCUCAAUCGCUACGGCAAGCGUCCACAACUAGCUCCUAGAGCCCCUUCUCAUGAAAUGAGAUCGCCGGAAGUCACAACCCCUCUUUCUCAGACGGAGCACUCGCCAUUCAGGGGACCAACAGUGCAUAUAGCUAGUUCACCUUUCUCUCGGAGAGAAUCUGUUGACGAGGAUAGCAUUUUUCGAGAAUCAGUCGUCGAAUGCAUGAUGAAAGGUAUCGGUCUGACAUCAAGCACUCGAGAUGCGCUUCGGAAGUCCUACUCUGGAGAGCAGUCCCCAAAGCUUGUCUCGUACGACUCUCGGAGACAGAAAGCGGUGUUUAACAAUGCAUUUGGCUUCAUGGAUCCGUUUGAUGACGCCGACACCGACUCUCUGAUGUCCAUGUCUGUUACCAGUGCCGGAGGAACUUCUCCCGUGCAUAACCUCAAGGAGGAGCUACGGAGUGAAAUCGAAAUAGUCUCCUUCCCAGAGGGAUCUGUCUUGGUAGAACAAGGCGAACGGAAUCCGGGUUUAUAUUACGUUAUCGAUGGUUUUCUAGAUGUAGGCGUGCCGGCAAAUGAUCGUGUUGAUGAUAUCGUUGGUAGCUCCCAUGAGCACGAGCAGGAAGCGUUUCCAACCUUGAAACGGACCGCUACUAGCUCAUCUCGUGUUCCUCAUCCUGAAUCAAAACGCCGCAAACUUUCCAGAAAAUCACUCUACCUGAUAAAACCAGGUGGCAUGCAGGGGUAUGUGGGCUCUGUCGCUUCGUAUCGUUCCUUCACCGACGUAGUCGCCAAAACAGACGUUUACGUCGGUUUCCUUCCACGCGCAACCCUCGAGCGCAUUGCUGAGCGAUAUCCUAUUGUUCUUUUAACACUAGCAAAGAGGUUGACCAGCGUCCUGCCCCGAUUAAUUCUGCAUAUUGACUUUGCUCUGGAGUGGGUGCAAGUAUCUGCUGGCCAAGUUAUUCAUCACCGAGGGGAUGAUAGUGAUGCCAUUUAUAUCGUUCUCAACGGCCGUCUCCGCUCGGUACUCGAGGGCUCAGGAGGAAAAAUUAGAGUGCUCGGAGAGUAUGGUCAAGGCGAGAGUGUAGGAGAGCUGGAGGUAAUGACCGAGUCGACUCGGCCAGCAACUCUACACGCGAUCCGUGAUACAGAGUUGGCAAAGUUUCCACGGUCGUUAUUUAACAGUCUGGCACAAGAACAUCCUGGCAUUACCAUUCAGAUCUCGAAAUUAAUCGCUCAGCGUAUGCGAGACAUUGUAUACAACCCUCUUGCAGACACGUCUUAUUUCCCUCGCGACAUGAAUACAGCUAAUACGGCUACAUCCACGAUAAACAUGCGCACCGUGGCUAUUUUACCAGUAACAAUGGGCGUUCCGGUGGUUGAAUUUGGAAACCGGCUUCUGAACGCAUUUACCCAGAUCGGUGUAACGAAUGGAGUUACGUCUCUGAACCAGGCAGCUAUCUUGAACCACCUUGGUCGACACGCGUUUAGCAAGAUGGGGAAGCUCAAGCUAGCGCAAUACUUGGCUGAUCUCGAAGAAAAGUACGGCAUGGUGCUGUAUAUCGCCGACACCAACGUCAACGCACCAUGGACACAGACGUGUAUUACCCAGGCUGAUUGUAUUCUUCUGGUCGGACUUGCAGAAGAUUCCCCUAACAUUGGUGAAUAUGAGCGGUUCUUACUUGGCAUGAAGACAACAGCACGCAAGGAACUCGUUCUACUACACGCUGAGCGAUACUGUCCACCGGGUUUGACGCGCCGCUGGUUGAAGAAUCGCAUGUGGAUAAACGGCGGACAUCACCACGUCCAGAUGUCAUAUCGACUGACCACUGAACCUACGAACCCUCGGACUAAACGCUUCGGAACAGCGCUGAAGCAACGAGUGCAAGUUAUUCAGGCUGAAAUUCAAAAGUAUACGUCUCGUCGCAUUCAUCAAACUCCGCUGUAUUCACAGCAGACACCUUUUAAGGGUGAUUUCCACCGACUGGCGCGUCGGUUGUGCGGCAAAUCAGUGGGACUUGUUCUUGGUGGAGGCGGAGCUCGAGGCAUUGCUCAGGUUGGUGUGAUCAAGGCGAUUGAGGAAGCUGGAAUCCCAAUAGACAUCGUUGGAGGCACGUCUAUAGGGUCAUUCAUCGGCGCGCUAUAUGCGCGAGAUGCCGACGUCGUUCCCAUGUAUGGUCGAGCAAAGAAAUUUGCUGGUCGAAUGGGUAGCAUCUGGCGUUUCGCCCUCGACGUGACGUAUCCAGCUGUAUCAUAUACAACGGGGCAUGAGUUCAAUCGGGGUAUCUUUAAGACGUUCGGGGACAGCCAAAUCGAGGAUUUCUGGCUUGAAUUCUACUGCAACACGACCAACAUCAGCAAGUCACGCAACGAGUUCCACUCCUCUGGAUAUGUUUGGCGAUAUGUUCGCGCAUCGAUGUCCCUAGCGGGCUUGAUACCGCCUCUAUGCGACGAAGGCAACCUGCUGUUAGACGGCGGCUACGUUGACAAUCUGACCGUGGCACACAUGAAGAGUCUCGGGGCAGACAUCAUUCUCGCCGUGGACGUAGGUGCCCUAGAUGACAACACACCACAAGAUUAUGGCGACACGCUUUCUGGGUUCUGGACGUUUGCCAAUCGCUGGAACCCUUUCUCGACAACCCCGAACCCUAUCACGCUCAGCGAGAUUCAGGCCCGACUCGCUUACGUGUCGUCUGUGGACAGUCUGGAGCGCGCGAAGAUUAUGCCGGGAUGUCUGUAUAUGCGCCCGCCUAUUGAUCCAUAUGGCACGCUGGAGUUUGGUCGAUUUGAUGAGAUUUAUGAGGUCGGGUAUGCGUACGGGAAGAAAUUCUUGGAGAAACUGAAGAGCGAGGGAACGCUGCCUGUGGCAGAGGAGUCGACUGAGGAGAAGAAACUGAGGAGGACCAUGGCGCCGAGGAGGGCUAUUAACAUAAUCAGCGUGGCUUGUCUGCUGGUCCGUGCGCCUCCGCAGCUAACGGAAGUUGGAGACGAACCUCAAAUUAAUUCACAGCCCUGCAGCUCGCUAUCUGUUAUAAAAUGUGAUAUUGGUAAGACAUCUACUGCUAUGGUGUCACUCUGGCCCUGGAAGGGCGAGGACAAUUCACCCGCCUCAUUCGAGAAGACGCUUUCCACUCUAUCCGAGAAACACAAGCAGACCAGCACUCGACUCGACGGCUAUCGCCAGCAGGCGCGUCGCUUCAAGGCUUUGUGGACGCUCUACUCUGUCUUUAUAUACCUUCUGUACAGCACCAUUGAUGUUCUGGUGCUGGGUCGUCAGAAUUGGGGAUACUGGGAAUAUGGAGCUGUUAUUGGCGGGCCAUUCGUGAUUUAUAUCGUCCGCACCGUUGCAAGUCGCAUCUUCGAAUACCGUAUCUCACGAACGCAAAGCCAUUUGGACAGUCUAAAUAAGCAGCGCGACGAAACGAUUGAGAAGCUUAAAGUCGCGACCAAAUACAACUCUACUCAACAACUACUUGACAAAUACGGCUGCGACUCGCCGUCCCCGGGCAAAUCGAAGACCGCAAAGAACACGAAACGCAAAGAUGCCGGGCAACAACAGCCCACGGCAGCUUUUACCUCUGGAAGGACUGGCAUACCGCCUCCGCCGACGGCAAAUAUUCGACGCCAGCCACCAAAUGAAGCUUUUUCACCAGCCCGAACACCACCUGUGCUACAAUCGCCACUACACAACAACAACAAUAACAACAAUAACUACUACCUUGACGGCAAACCUUUACCACCGCCUCCCAUUUCAAGAGGAUAUAGCGAGCAAGCAGGCUUUGCACCAAACGCCUUCCCUCCUUCGGAAGCUCAAUAUGACAAGAUGGGAGGAGCUGGCGUAGGAGGACCAAAGUGGUACGAUCGAUUAAUGGACGUAUUGCUCGGGGAGGAUGAAGCGUCGCCUAAGAACAGGGUUGUGUUGAUAUGCCAAAAUUGCAGACUGGUGAAUGGCCAGGCCCCACCGGGGAUCAAGAGUUUGGAUGAGUUGGGUCGGUGGAGGUGUGGUGGUUGCGGUGCAUGGAAUGGGGAGGAGAGCGAGGCGAAGAAAGUGCUUGAUUCUAUCCAACAGGCCUCAUUAUCAACAGAAGCUAGCGGAGAUCGAGAGGAGGAGGAGGAGCAAAGAGAAGACGCGCAGGAACUGUCCGAUGAAGCAUUGAAAAAACAAGAGGAUGAGAUCAGUGACGACAAAUCAGACGGCGAAGGAAAUGCCGAUAGGGAUACGAGCAGCAGUGGAGUGUCUACGCGGACUCGAAGUAAGAAGGCGAAGAAAUAA